AAUAUAAUUAAAAUUGUACUUUCAUUACUUGUUGAGGAAAGGAGGUGGCUCAUGGCUCGGGCGGUAUGCUACUUGGAGAAAUUCGGUUGGUUGUGCUUGCUUUUUAUGCUUCUUGUACUUUUACUCUCCUCGAUUAUAACAGGAUCCUCCAUUUAGUUGCUCAAAAGACCUUCUCAUCGACAGUUCGACUAUUAUCAAUUGUCGUGUUUGGUUGUGUGAUCCUUUGUGACUAUCUAACUGAAACUUUUAUCUAUGGAAAAAAACUAAUAGUAUCCAAUUAAUCCUUUCAUAGAUAAAAGAAUAAACGACUAAAACAAUCAAUAUUUCAUUAAAAAACCACGAUGUAUUUUUAUUUUAUGAAGAACCACAAAAAUACAUUUGCUAUUUACACUCUUAAGUCUCUUUCAAUGUAUCCCUCUAAACAAUUAUUAGCAAAUUGGUCGUCAAUUCAACUUUGAAAUUUGUUUUUAAUAUAACUUAAAGCUAAAAAAACUAUUUCUACACUUGUAGUUGCAACUCAUAGAUACAAACUAGUUUCAAAAUCAAAUAAAUGGAUUGACAUUACUAAUGCAUUUUUGUCUCAAACAUUAUUCGAGAUAAUUUAACAAUUCUUUUCAAUCCAACAAAUCUAUCAUCAACCAUAAUAUCUCUUAGAGAGAAAGAAGACAGGAUUGCUGAUUUAUUUCAAUUAGAUCAUUUGUAGUAUAAUAAAUUAAUUGUGUCAAUCUAAGAACAAAAAUAGAAGAGUUGUAGUGCAGUGGCAAAACACUCUUAAACAUCCUCAUGGUGGCGAGUUCCAAUCUCUAGCAUAAGCAUAGAACAGAGUAUAAAUAAAUUUUCCUUCAAAACUUACCUGUGUCUCGUGGCUAUGCCAAACCAGGUUGGCUCCGCCUAUGUUUGUAAUAAUGACAUAGGUUCAGAUAAGAAUAAUUUGAAGAAUAAGCUUUUAGAAGGAGCAUAGUAAAAAGUUGAACUUGCAUACAAUAGCUUGACAACAGAAUGGUGUUAUGGUGUACUUGUGUUGGAUUGAGUUAAUUAUGGAUUAAGAUUUAUGUUAAAUUAUUUUUAUUCUAUGAUAACAGCUUUUAAAAAGAACACAUACUUAUGUAGGAAACAAUCCACAAAAUGCACAAUUGAAAAAAAGGAGGAGAUCUUCCGUUGGUUAGGUUAGCGAUAUUAUUAUUUUGAUAUAACAUUGCCAAAUCACUUGUUUAACUAUUAUUGGGUCAACCGACAAAAUAACAGAGAAUCAACUAUACAGUUAACCCAAUAAAUCACUUGUAUAACAAGUACAAUUAACAAUAAAUUUAAAAUAUUUAACGGUUUACCGAGAACCAGCUAAACAAAGUCCUAAUUUUAUACGAGCGGAGCUACAACAUGUUUUAGGAGCCCGCGGCCCGACCUCCACAUUCGAGUCGGGAGAACGAAUAGAUUUGGAUCCGGUUCAACCCGGUGGGUACUUAGUUUCCCGCGGAUCGACCAAGCCGCUGCCCAGUGCCCACCCUUAACUCCGGCGACUGGUGGUCGCAGCUUUCCCUCUCCGGAUUCUCAUAUCUUCUUCUCCCUCAGUAAGAAUAAUGUCUUCUUUGCCGAGAAAGCGCCCAAAACAGCGCUCGAAUCCCCUAUUCCGGUCGAAAGUACUCUCUCCUUCUAUCAUGGAACCACCAGGAUUCUUGUUGCCUUCAAGGCACGAGCUUUUCAGACUCCUCGUUGUAGCGGGCAUCGCGUCUUCCGUGGCUUUCACCUGCAACCUAAUUGCCAAUUUCUUCAGUCCAACCUCGCAAAACCCUUUUUGCGAUAGCAAUAAUAUGGGCUCCCCUGAUGAUUUUCUUCUCUCAGAUGCCUGCAAGCCAUGUCCAAUGAAUGGAGAGUGUCAUGAAGGCAAGUUAGUCUGUGAUGAUGGUUACAGGAGGAAUGGGAAUCUGUGUGCAGAAGAUGGAGACAGUAACGAAAGAGCUAAGAAACUUGCUGAGCUAGUUGAAAGCUAUGUUUGUCAAUCCUAUGCUCAAUUUUCGUGCCAUGGAAGGGGGAGAAUAUGGGUCGAAGAGAAUGAAAUGUGGGAAGAUGUGAAACACCAAGUGGUACAGAUUUUCAGCUCAGAUGAUGCCAGUUACAUGUAUGCAAAAAACAAAGCAAUGGAGAUAAUUGAUCGAACAUUGGAGAAAAACACCAAUCCUGAAGGGAUUACGGAGUUGAAGUGCCCCAGUGUUUUGGCAGAACGAUACAAACCAGUUAGUUGUCGUGUUCGCCAAUGGAUCUUUGAGCAUGCUUUUGUCAUAGUGCCAGUUUGUGCAAUGGUUGUUGCAUUGACAUGGUUACUCUGGAAAAUCCGUCAGAGUUAUUAUCUGUCAACCAGAGGAGAUGAAUUUUAUCAUCAGGUAUGUGACAUGCUUGAGGAGAUUGCCAUUGAAUCCAAAAAAGAAAGUGGCCAAUUUGAACCUUGGGUGGUAGCUUCCCUGUUACGGGAUCAUCUGUUAUUGCCCAAAGAGAGGAAAAACCCUUUGUUGUGGAAAAAGGUUGAGGAGUUGGUACAGGAGGAUUCUCGAAUAGACCGAUACCCUAAGCUUGUGAAGGGUGAAUCAAAGGUGGUAUGGGAAUGGCAAGUGGAAGGGAGUUUGAGCUCUGCAGGGAAGAGAACCAAAAACGCAACAGUAACCAAACUAAACCCUGAUAAACAAACCCACACUUCCAAAUCUGGGCCGAAGCUAGGGCUGAUGUUCUGACGAACCAGUGGCAUUUCCUCCUGUAGUUGUUACUUCCGCAGGAAGCAUGUUUCCGAGUCCUCUGACAGUGUAGAUACGUUGGCGUUGAAGUUGUCUCCGCAUGCCCCCCGACCUACGAAUUCCCUCCGUUGUUGUUCAGUUGUGUUAGAGGGUAGAUAGGCCGUCAGCAAGCGAACAGGGAAUGAUGAGACAGGAGUUCCUUUGUUACAUGGCGACAAUGGUAUAUAGUUAAUAGGUUACUGAUACUCAUUUCCUUGUUUAAGGGGGGUGAUUAGAUGCAUCUAAGUGUAACUUGCCCAACAUUUUUUUCUUACAUCCCUUGUUGUAUGUAGUGUUUCUUUGUUCUGUUGAUAUAAAUCAUCUUGCAUUCAUUCGUGAGAAAGACCAAAAAACCAAACAGAGAAACUUAAUUGAACAAUUUGGCUGUCUCAGUUUGCUAUCAACGCUUGUAUCGUCAUUGACAAGUAAAUUGACCACAGCGAGGGUGGAAGGAAGAGUUGAGCUUCUAAAUCAUACUUGGCGUGCAAACAAUCAUUGGCAAGGAAGGCGAGUUCAUUUGCUCUGGGAUGGGUUUACAUUGAAAAUAAUGCAUCCAUGUCCCAAAGCAUGAAGCAUGCGGGUCACUUACAAUUUCUCAUAUUAUCUCAUUAGUUCCUUUUUAUGAAAAAAUUAUUUGGACAGUAGAUGGAAUUGAUGCUCAUUGGUCCAUCAUCGGACCAAAUUGUUACAUAAUUCAUCAGUAUUUUGUCAGGAGACAAGAGGGCUAUGAGCGCAUCGGGAGAAGUUCGUGGCCACAAGAUCGCGUGUGAGAAGUUCAUGGUCGCGAAAUGAGAAGGUCGUCGUCACAAGACGAGAAGACCAUGACAGUGAGGUGAGAGGGUCAUGGCCGUGAGACAUCCAUGGUUGUAUCGCGAUGGUCCAUGCUCACAAUGCAAGAGGGGAUCGUGAGUUGAGAGGUCCGUGGUUGCGUCGUGAGACGACCACCUAGUAUAGGGAAACACAAUAAGUCAUGAAAGAUGACCACACGGUCACCUCAAAGCAGGGGCGGACGCAGGGCAGGACACCCCUAAAUUUUGAGGGGGUCUGCCACGGCCUCAAGGUGGACAUUCGAUAGUAGGUCAUGGCCAUGUCUCUAGAUGAUCAUGGGCCUUUCGCCAGGAUUACAUGAGAGGGAAUCAAGUUGCGUACCAAGACUUCGACAACAAUAAGAAGGAGACACAUAGGCGGUUGAGGAAGCAAUUGCCACUCAUCCCACAUUCGAAGACACUUUAGCCACAUCCCAGGAAGAGUGGAGUAGUUCUAUGUAGGAGUUACCAAGCUGAAAGUUUUCUGUGAGGGUUACCACCUCAUUGCUAUAAUAGGAGAGGAGGUCGACAUAGAAAAAGGUUCUCAAAUCAAACACCCGACAUCUAUGUCAAGGUUUGUUGUUUCUUUACAAAAUAGUUGUAAUCGUAGUUUGAAACUCUCACCAAACCUCCAUAAGAAUAAGAUCAACGUAUUAUAGUUCUGUUCCUAGAAAACCAUCACAAAUCAAACACUCUUAUUUAAACCGUAUUCAAAUAAAUAUCAACCAUAUCUUAAUAAUGGGAUGAGAUACGG